UCGAAGCGUGUGAAUGGUGUGUUGGGUGGUUCGUCUUGUUCGCGGUCGGUUUCGUCUCCUGUGCUUCUGUUUGUUAGCGGCUCGUACUAUCUCUUUGUGGUGUAUUUUCCUAGAUUGUGUAUUGUUCCCCUCAAUUGGAUGCGUUCUGCUGGAUUAAGUACUUCGCAACAUCUGAGGGUACCGUAAAGUGUCGUGAACUCCAUUUUGUUUGUUUACGAGUGUUCGGAGAAAAUCGAGUAGUUUGUGCCCUGUGUGUCGCGGACUCACAUCUGUUGGGAAGCCCGCUCGAGACCUUUGCCGAAAGGUCGGCCUUGCCUUCCCCGGCCAGUGGCUCGCGUUCUGUACAGUUCAGUGAGUUCGAGUUGUGGUUCUGCACAGGCAGCAGCGAAUCCAGCACAACCCAGCAAUGAGAUUGGAAUACAAAUUCGCGUAAAGAGAGUCCAGAUCAGAGAUGCGUUGGUUCAAGAGGUCGUCAGCUGAUACGCCACAUUUAAAGCGAUUGUCUCCAUUGAAAAAUAAUGAGUUGCAGCCAGGUUCAAUGCACCCAGCUAUGGCUGGCGGUACAUCAGCCGGCAUUGCUGCCACUAUUAAAUCUGGGGAAGUUGGAUCGCGAAAUGAAUUUCUAUCAGCUUCGAUGUUGGGUUCAACAGUUGGAAUUGAGGAAGAGCAGUGGCAGCAGUAUGCAGAUGCAGUGAAACGCAAUGAGUCAGAUAGGCAUUCUCGCAGUAAAGAGAAUCGUCGUGAUUGGCGUCGGUCGUACAACCGAAACACAAUAAACUGCUACAACAUCCAAGAAGGCAAAAUUAUUGAUAACGUGAAGAUACGUGACCGCAGCCUUUCUCCCAGCUUUCUUCGUCGAAAAAAGAGCGAUGUCAUGGACGUCCGGAAGAUUUUCGAAACAAAGAGAACCAAAGAACCAAAGGAAUCAAACAGUCAAGACUUUAACGUGAAUACAGUAAGAAUUAGAUGUAGGAAUAAUCUAGUGAAGGAACGACGAAACCCCCUCCCAACAACCCGCCUAUCAUUUUGCGAACCGAAAUUAGCUUACGAUGAAAUUUCGAACUAUUCGAACUGCACGGAUUCAACACAAGCUUACAACGUCGACAGAUUGAAUCCUCGAAUUAACGAUGUACUGAAUAUAUCGACGACAAGUAGAGACAACUACAACACGAAUCAAUUUUAUCAUAACGAAAACUGCAGAACCAAAGUCAGUAAUAAUAAUUUCCUAGGAAAUAAGUCGAAAUCCGUGGAAGACUUUUCCAAAGAAGACAUAUUCACCCUCAACCGCCUGAACAAGCCUGAGAAUAAAUUCAAAACACUAUCGGGGAAAACGCAGAAAUUCUUAAGUAAUUUCUAUAGAACCCGUUUCGAAAAGAAUUCAUCGACUCCGAAGCAGCAAUCGCCACCUAAUCAGCACAAUCAUCGGAGCUAUGAAAUGGAUAAUAAAUUCGCCACUGAUCUGCCAAUAUCGGAGGAUAUAAUGAAUAAUGAAUGGUGCCUUCCCAGCCACUAUCGACUGUCCGAUAGCUGCUACUCAACUCUGGUUGACUCGCACUUAAUGACAACGACAACAGAUGCUGACUCUGGCAUUUUAGAGAAUGAUUCAGGCCAAUCUUCACUUAAUUCGAUACCGGUUACGGAAAGUGUAUCAUCAUCAACAUUGGCGACAACAGAUACUGGCGUCGGGUUCAAUGACGCGCUCACCACGAUAAAUCAUAACUCGAAUGGCGAAGCUCGAAUGUUGACUAAUGCAGAUUUUCUAGUCACUGUGCUAUGUGAUGAGAGCUUCAACGAUUUGGCCAGACACUUGUAUCAUAGCAAAGGAUCGUAUUUCAUGACGAACAUUAUCGUGAAAAAAAUUAAAUUGAUUGACGGUUUCAUCUUGGCUGGAGACGAAAUACUGGACAUAUGUGGAAUUCCAAUUCGGGGAAAAUCUUAUAUUGAAGUCUACAAUUUAUUGCAAAACAUCCAACUAAACACACAAAAUAAUUAUGUACGAAUGCUUUUACGGCGUAUCUCAGAGAUUGGAGGGAAUGGCAGUGCGACUGUUGCCAAUGCAUAUCAGAAAGGUGUCGUGAAUAGCAGACGAAAUGGAAUUUGCUCAUUACGCGAUCUUGAGAAAUCGUCGGAAAAAUCAUUAGAUUAUGCUGCGAAAGCAAUAAGGAUCGAUGGAUCCCGUACUAAGCUGAAGCCUCCGACCGAUACGCCAACACUUCAAAAGAAGUCGGCCGAAUGUGCUUCAAUAAAAGGUUCUUCCAUGCACUUCCAGAAGAACGUAAGUGCAUAUGGAAGUAUUUCCCGCAAAUUAAUUCGCCGUUCAGUUUUGGGCAAAGUCGUCUCAAACAGUGUGGUCGAUGUUUCCGAAGUGGAGGCCUUGUCAACCGCCGGUGACUCAAACAAAAAUUCUACGACAAAUAACUCGGGCAAUGAAUCGGACAGCACGGAAACCGGGCAGCAGGGAUCUGUGUCGUCAAACUUCUUCACCCUACCGCGGAAAUCGAAGAUUGGGGUCUAUGGUUUCCACACAAUUCGGUAUGAGAAAGGACCUGGGAAGAAGUCUCUGGGUUUUACGAUAGUUGGUGGUCGGGAUAGUCCUAAGGGUGCUAUAGGAAUUUUUGUGAAGCGUAUUUUGAAUACUGGCCAGGCGAUUGAAGAUGGACGGUUAAGAGUUGGUGAUGAAAUUUUGUCUGUAAAUGGUCAAGUUUGUCACGAUCUGUCGCACGAAGAGGCAGUGAAGUUAUUUAAGUCAAUACGAAAUGGAGAGAUUGUCUUACGGGUGUGUCGGAGAGAGAAGCAGAGCUCAGCUGCAGUGAGUAGCGGCGGCAACGAAAAUAAGUUAGAAUCAUAAGAAGUAAACGUUAGGCAUUAGUUUGUAAGCAUGGUUAGUGCAAUUAUAUGUGAUCAACUGAAUUUAUGUUCUAAUCGAAUGAAACAAAAUAUUUUUGCCAAAAAGUCUAAUGUUACUUUAUAAAAUUAAAAUAUUGUCAGUUUUUUAAAAAAAUGUGAAUGUACCUUAGCGCUUAAAUAUAAAUAUAUACUUAAUGUUGGUGUUAAAGUAAAAUUUUUGAUAUCUGAUGCUAGUUUGGAAAUUUGUAAUUGCUAAUAAAGUCAUAUUUUUUAA